AUGCUAUAUUGCAGACAAGAACUGUUUUCCAUGUUCACAUGUUUUUACGCGCUGAUUCUCGUCAUUCUCGGCCUGAUUUUUGAACUGUCGCAUUUACUUAGUGGACGAUCAAUGGAAACCAAUAUGGAUCAAGCCAAAGAUGUGUUAUUCAGCACGUAUAUGUACGGUGGUUCAUUGAUAUUUUUCAUUUAUUGCUAUGCAGUUUUGUUGAACACAAGAAUGUCACGCAACAUCGUGAAGGGAAUGCGAAAAGCAACUGAAAGGACGCUAAAAGUGGAUUCGCCAAUUCGAGAGUCGAUUCCAUUCAUGAAGAAGAAAUAUAGCACUGAGGGGCAGAUAAAGCAGCCGAAAGCGUCACAUUCCAAAGCGAAAUCUUCAACUGGAAGUUUAUAUUUACGACUGGGUUGUGUUGUAUUUGGAAUAUUUGGUAUAGUUUAUUAUGGCCUCAUAAUAGUGGUUUGUGUCGUGGGAUGGGGCACCGAAAAAGCGGAUUGUAAUGCGAAUACUUUACUUGUGUGGACAUUAGCAACAAUUUUCAUUUUUGUGCAGAUGCAUUUUAUCUUUUGUAAUUCUAAGAUUACUGUGCAUGGAUCAUUAAAAAUCGCUCGUCUUGGGAUGAUGCAUUUAACAGCAACAAAUAUGUGGACAUGGAUGCGCUACAUCCUCCUCGAAGAAGAAGCAACUACUGAGGAAUUAGCACAUGCGAAUUUUGCAGCGAGAAUACCCGUUCAUCAUCUUUUCAAUAAAACAACCGCUGAACUGGCACAUCCACAGAUAACAAAACAUGUCGAAGUGGAAAUAUGCCGAGGUGCUGGUUGCGUGCUUGGCAGUUUCAAGGAAUUCAUGUAUACGUGUGUUGUAGAAUAUGCUCUUAUAUGUGCAGGUGUUUCGUUUGUCUUUUGGACGAACGUUGGUAAAGGACCAAGUAAAUAUCAAAAAGUACGAGAUAUGCUGCUCCGUGAUAUUCCUCAAAAAUCGAAAUUUUUAUUCUCAUCUGUGCAUGAAUUUCAGCUGAAACAACGACGAUCAAAUAUGAUAUCUGUUGAUUGUUCUCGAACAACAACUGGUCUUUUUCUUGGCUUUAUUAUAAUUGCAUUCACCUUUAUCUGUAUUGCCAUCUUCAAUGCAUAUAUUCAUGAAGAGAAUUCAAGACUUCUCGCUAAUACGAUUUUUUUCUCUACUGAUGGAAUUCUAUUGCUGUGUUCACUGGCCGCAAUUUUGUUCGCAUUUUGUCAGAUGCGAAACUUAAACUUCAAGAAACGUGAAGAUGGUGAUGUGGACGAAAGUGCUGAAUUAUUGGACCAUAUAUUGUUGGUAGUUGGAUUGGUUGGUGAACUUAUUUUCAGCAUCGGAGGCAUAAUGAGCUUGUCGAAUACUGUCGAAUUCAAUUAUAUGAUUGUGAUAUUGUUGAUUGUGCAAAACCUGCGAUUAUUUCAAGUGAUCUUACAAUCGGCACUUCUGCUGAUUGGUUCAAAGCUAAAAACAGCUUCACCAGAGCUCGAAUCACUCAAACCUGGUAAACAGGUAGUAACUUUUCUAUUGAUCAUCAACAUUGCGUUAUUCAUUAUGAACACAUUCGAAGCCCAAAAGGCUGGGGUUACGGAAGAUAUUGUACGUUAUUAUGGGAGUAAAGCAUGGGCAUUACUGGUUCGUGGUUGCUCGCCGUUGACAAUUUUUUAUCGUUUCCAUUCAUCCGUUUGUUUUGCUGAAAUUUGGAAGCACACUUUCAAAGGAGUUCGAGGAGAACUUGAGAUGAUUUGA